GGGGUUGCGUGCACGCGCGCCCGUAUGUGUGUGUGCGAAACAGAGCGGAGGUGAAGAAGAGGAGGAUGAAGCAGGGAGCGGAGGAUGGGAGGAAGAGUGGAGUGAGAGAGAGAGAAAGAGAGAGAUAGGCUGGCUAUCAAGGGCUCGUGUGAAGUGUGAAUGUCUGGAAAGGGCUUCGAUGGGAGUUUUAUCGCAGCGCCGAAACAAAGACGCGAUUUUUUUACCAUCCGGAGAAACAUUGUAGCGGAAACUUUAAACUUUUACCCGCCAGAGCGGCAGCGCCGUGCCGGGUCCCGGCUUUGUCUCGCAACGGGGGGAAGUACGCCAGUACACGCGAGGAUAUAAAGAACCAGCAGCACUUUUGGAUACGCAUUUUUAUCCACACAACGAGAGAAUCCGUGAUUAUUGUGUUUGCUUAGGAGAGUGAGAGAAUGGCGGCCAACAUGUACCGCGUUGGAGAUUAUGUGUAUUUUGAAAAUUCCUCCAGUAACCCGUAUCUGAUUCGUCGAAUAGAAGAACUCAACAAGACUGCCAAUGGAAAUGUAGAAGCCAAGGUGGUAUGUCUCUUCAGGCGGAGAGAUAUAUCCGCCAACCUGAACACUCUGGCCGAUAGCAAUGCAAGAGACUUUGAAGAGGAGUCCAAGCAGCCUUCAACGUCAGAACAGCAGAAACACCAGCUCAAGCACAGAGAACUGUUCCUGUCUCGGCAGUUUGAGUCUCUCCCUGCUACACACAUACGAGGAAAAUGCAAUGUCACACUUUUGAAUGAGACUGAUGUUUUAACUGGCUACCUUGAGAGAGAGGACUGUUUCUUCUACUCUCUGGUGUUUGACCCAGUGCAGAAGACCCUGCUGGCUGACCAGGGUGAGAUCAGAGUGGGAUCCAAAUACCAGGCAGAGAUCCCUGACAAACUGGCUGAAGGUGAUUCAGACAAUCGAGUGCAGGAGAAGCUUGAGACAAAGGUUUGGGAUCCUAAUAACCAGCUGAAGGAUCCUCAGAUAGACCAGUUCCUGGUGGUGGCACGGGCUGUUGGUACAUUUGCACGUGCACUAGACUGCAGCAGUUCAAUCCGCCAACCCAGUCUGCACAUGAGCGCAGCGGCUGCAUCUAGAGACAUCACGCUGUUCCAUGCCAUGGACACUCUGCAGAAGAACGGCUAUGAUCUUGCCAAGGCCAUGUCGACGCUGGUGCCGCAAGGUGGCCCGGUGCUGUGCAGGGACGAGAUGGAAGAGUGGAGCGCCUCAGAAGCCAUGUUGUUUGAGGAGGCUCUGGAGAAAUACGGCAAAGACUUCAAUGACAUUCGCCAAGACUUUUUGCCCUGGAAGUCAUUAGCUAGCGUGGUCCAGUUCUACUACAUGUGGAAGACUACUGAUCGUUACAUCCAGCAGAAAAGACUAAAGGCAGCAGAGGCUGACAGCAAGCUGAAGCAGGUGUACAUCCCCACCUACACCAAACCCAACCCCAACCAGAUCAAUGCACCUGGAAGUAAACCUGGCAUGAAUGGUGCCACCGGCUACCAGAAAGGCCUCAGUUGUGAAAGUUGCCACACUUCCCAGUCCCAGCAGUGGUACGCAUGGGGCCCUCCCAACAUGCAGUGCCGACUAUGUGCAUCCUGUUGGAUUUACUGGAAGAAGUAUGGUGGUCUUAAGACCCCUACUCAACUAGAGGGCGCCACAAGAACUGGCUCAGAUGCAGCUCCACGUGGUCACAUGACCCGCCAGGAGGUACAGGGCAUGUCCCCGUUUACCAGCAGCGCAGGGAGAGCUAAACUUUUGGCUAAAAAUCGGCAGACCUUCAUCCUGCAGACCACUAAACUCACUCGAAUCGCCCGUCGGGUGUGCCAGGACAUCCUACAGUCCCGCCGAGCAGCUCGCCGCCCCUACGCUUCCAUUAAUGCCAAUGCUGUCAAAGCAGAGUGUAUGAUAAGACUUCCUAAAGCAGCAAAGAGUGCUAUGAAGAACCGCCUUAUUCCUCGACCGUCCCUCAACAAUAUAGUUAAAGAAUUGGCUGUUCAAGCUCCUUUGAAACUCAAAGCCCCUCGAGGUGCUCCAACCCCUAUCAACCGUAACCAGGUUAACCAGCCUCGGAGCGCAUCCGCCCUACUGGGCAAGAGGCCCUUUGACAAUGCUGGAGGUAAUUCUUUGUCCACCAAUGGAAGACCCUUUGCACUGGGAAUGAGAGCAGCCAACCAGUCAGUCAUUAAGAGGCAGAAGGUCAGUCAAGGAGAUGCUCCGAAUCCAGUGGUGUUUGUGGCUACAAAAGACACCAGAGCCCUGAGGAAACACCUCACUCAGGCCGAGAUGAGGCGGGCGGCCAGAAAACCACACCUCCCGGUCAGAAUCAAACUUCCCGUGCCGCCCCGGCCGCUUCCUGUACCCAUCGUACCCCCCAGCACCAGUGAGCCAAUCGUGUUGGAGGACUGAGCGAUGUUCCAGUAGACCACAUUCAUUGCCAGAGCAUGUUAAACCCGCCAUCGUCAGCUGUUCUUCUUUAUUCCUCGUCUUCUGUUGUCCCCCCAGAUCCCAUACGCACACCACGCUCAUGUGCUCGGGAUGAUGACGUACCGCAUACUCUUACACCAGCAUACACCACACUUCAUAGCGUUUUACUCCCAGUGUUAUAGUUUAAGGGUUCGGUGCCCUGCUGUCCCGUUGCUUUUUUUAAAAAUUGCAAAUACUUUUAACUGUGUAAUUUAAAGCAAAUCAUGUUCAUUCUAAGAUGGUGGAAAAGCACACUUUAUUUUUCUCCAGUUCUGUCGUUAUUUGUAUAAAUAUUAACAGGAUUUUUCAAGAGUUUGAUUCUUGUGUGUAUGGAAAGUGGGAUUCAAAUGUGUGAGGGAGUACAUGGUCUUUUUACCAUCAUUUUCUUAAUUUCUUAGGUUGCUUAUGUUAAAAACAAAAAUCACACUUUUUCAUGCUAUAUAGACAAAUAAAUGAUUGCGCUGCUCAUUUUAUUUCAGCCAGUACUUGUGGUUCCAGCCUUUCAGGCCUAGCUGAAUUGUGGAAAGAUGGUAUCAUGAAAUGCGUUGCAGCAAAAGUAUUGCUCGCCAUACAAGCAGAUCUGCAGUCGAGUUGGUGUUUAUUGAUAACAACCUGGUUUCUCAAACUCAAAUUUUUUUUUUUGUGUGUGUGAUCAUGGAUCCAAAUCUCCUGCAGUGUAGCUACUCCAGUCAGUGAUAUUUGAAGGUCUCGUAGGUCUUAGUAUGAACAUACGUUUGAUGACUUAGGAAGGAUUCUGGUUGCAGUAAAGUGUUGAAGGUGUUCAUGAAUGUAAGGCAAAUCUUGGUUUGAGGUGGUUGGAUGUCGCAAUAAGUUUGGCCUGUUUUGUACCUCAAUAAUUGAGCCUUUUCCAUGUAUGACAUCAUGAACAAAGCCAUAAAAGUUUGUUUUCCACGUCUGCUCUUUUUCCAAACAUGUUGACGCACUCGCAUUUGUGUUAUAAAGGUCUUGUGGGCUACUGGGAAGAUAAUGUUAGCAAUUGUAGAUAAUGAGAGGGAAGAGAUGUUUUUGGGUUUUUCUAGUAAUGACUCGAUUAUAGGCUGAUAUUGAUGCAUAUUUCCCCCUCAAGUUUUUUUUAUUUCAUUAUUAUUAUUAUUAUUAUUUUUUUUUUUUUUUUGUGCAAACUGGAUCCAGUGAAAUGGAAAAGAUGUUUUGGAGUUUUCCUAGACAUGGCUCAACUAUAGGCUGAUAUUGAUGCAUAUUUUUGCCUUAUGAUUAAGCUUUUUCUUUUUGAGCUGAACGGUUGGGCUUUUUUGACACACUUCCUGGCUUGUUGAGAUUAGUCAACACAAAAUUUCAUUGUAAAUCGUUCCCCCGAUUAGGGGUUUUGUAAUGUUUCUUAAACAAAUGGAGCGUGCACUGCACAUUAAAGACACAAAUAAAUGUUAACAUGUCCCCUUUUAAUUGUCACCUGUUUUUUAUAUUCAUGACCCCACAAUGUUUUGGCAAAGCUUUAAAAAAAAAACCAUGUUAACAUUGAUCUCCAUUAUGGGAUAGAGUUGGGGGAGGGAAGACUGGUUGAUUUUAGGGUUUGAUUCAAGGAUGUGAAGGAUUUCAGUUUUGUAUAUCAAUGAGAAAUUUCUUUCAACUCACAACUCAAACUUUUUUUUAAUAUUCCAGUGUCUCUGUAUCCUUUAAUGUAUCUUGUGAUAAGAAAAUAAAGAUCUUUUGUUUGUGGUCCUGA